AUGACCACAGAAAUACCUACAAUGGGUGCUUAUUUUCUGACAUUAACGGGUUGCAGUCUGAUUCUGGCUAACAUCCUUUUUGCGAGCAUUCGUAAUUUUAUCAGAUUAGAAAUACCCAUAGGAGAAGAAAAAUUAGUUUUGCAUUACGGAUGGAGUUUCUGGCUCACGCUCUUUACAGGUUUACUGUGUAUCGUUCUUGGAAUAGCCAUUUUGAUAUUAGAUCUUAGAAAUCCAGACAUCAUUUCAGCCUUCUUUGGAAUUGAUAUUUUACAAGAUUAUGAAGAUUUUUAUAUUGCCGUUGAAGAUUUAGGAAUUAAGAGAACCGAACUGAAACCAGAAAGUGAAGAAACUCCAAACGAGGAAAUGUACAAUAUGAGAAAACGUAGCAUUUCUAUAAAAUUUCAACAAAGACCAUUCCAAAGACCUUUGCCAGCUCCACGUCAUCUGAUUGUCGAAGAGGAACAACAACCUGUUUAUGAAAAUCUGGCGGCUGGAACAUUUAAUACCAUCGAAGAAGAGACGGAAGAACACGAAACUGUUCCACUUCGAUAAUUUCUAAUUUAGUUUACAAUCAUUAUAAUUGUAUAUUUAUUACGUAAGGAUUGUUUCAAGAUUUCACAAAGCAUUUUCAAUUAAAUUUUGAAACUAAAAGACUGGA